AUGAUGAGUGAAGAUACACCAUCAUCGUCUAAACGUUCUCUUCAAUUUUCUAUUGAAUUACCAUCCCCCCAAAGUACAACCUCUGAAAAUAUAAGCCCAAUCAAAAGUUUAAAUCCAUACCAAAACAAAUGGACAAUCAAAGGCAUAGUUACUCAUAAACGGUCUAUAAAGUCAUACAGUACAACUACUAAGAAUGGCCACGCCAUUAGUUUUGACAUUGUCGACACUGAGGGCUAUGAAAUUAGAGUUACAUGUUUUGACGAAAUAGCUCAGCUGCAUUCUGACCGUGUGGAAGUGGGUUCACAUUAUGUCAUUUCUAAGGGGUCCAUUAAGGAAGCAAACACAAGAUACAACAAACUAAACAACCAUUUAGAGAUCAUGAUGUCUGAUGCCUCCAUAUUAAAAUGUUGCAGCCAUGAAGAAGUACCAAAUCAACAACACUCUCCUUUCAUUCCUAUUAGUGAAGUGUUUCAACUAAUUAAUAAUACAUUAGUUGAUAUCAUUGGUGUUGUUUUACACGUUGGAGAUAUCAUUCCAAUCCAUAGGAAAGAUGGCACUCAAACACAGAAGCGAGUUGUUAGAAUUAAUGAUCUCUCAGGGUCAACAAUUGAUAUCAACCUAUGGGGUCCAAUAUCAGAACAAAGUGGACUAGAGUUAAAAAACAUGUUAACCAGUGAUAGUGUUCUUAUACUUGCUUUACGUAAUGCUCAUGUUGGUUAUUUUAAUGGUAAGGUUGUUAACAUAAUAUCUACAACAACAUUACAUAUUAAUCCUCCUUUUUCAGAGGCAGAACCCCUAAUAUUAAGAGGAAAUCUUCCCUUGCAUACUCCAGAUUUUUCUCCAGCAAUUACCCACAUUGAUGGCAAAUAUACUAGAAUGACUAUUUCAUCAAUCCGCGAACGUAUGAGUGUGAAACCAUAA